UGGGGGCCCGGCCAAAACCUCCUGGGCGAUGCCGCUCGCGCCCCGGUGCCGGGCGGUGCGCGCCUUGCUGCGCAGACACUACCGCGAGGUGCUGCCGCUGGCGGCCUUCGCGCGCCGCCUGGGGCCCGAGGGUUGGCGGCUCGUGCGGCGAGGAGACCCGGCGGCUUUCUGCGCUCUCGUGGCCCAGUGCCUGGUGUGUGUGCCCUGGGACGCGCAGCCGCCUCCCGCCGCCCUCUCCUUCCGCCAGGUGUCCUGCUUGAAGGAGUUGGUGGCCAGGGUCGUACAGAGGCUCUGCGAGCGCGGCGUGAGGAACGUGCUGGCCUUUGGCUUCGCGCUGCUGGACGGGGCCCGUGGCGGGCCACCUAUGGCCUUCACGACCAGCGUUCGAAGCUAUUUGCCUAAUACCGUGACGGAGACUCUGCGCGGCAGCGGCGCGUGGGGGAUGCUCCUCCAUCGCCUGGGCGACGACGUGCUGGUCCAUCUGCUGGCCCGCUGCGCUCUCUACCUGCUGGUGCCUCCCAAUUGUGCCUACCAGGUGUGUGGGCCGCCUCUCUAUGAACUCUCCGCUACCGCCAAGGCCCAGCCCACAGUGCCCCGGACCCGCUGGCCCACAGGGCAGGCAGGCCAGACAGGCCGCCGAUCCACAGGCCCAGUCCAGAACAGCAGCAACCAGGAGGCCUGGGGAUCCCUGGGCUGGCCAGCCCGAGGUGCAAAGCGGCACCUAGACAACGCAGGCAGAAGUCCGCCUUUGGCCAAGAAGCCCAGGUGCAGCCUGGGCCUGGAGCAGGCCUGUGGGCCAACUCCUGGAAAACCCCGUGGGGUGACAUCCUGCCCAGCCGCAGCUGAAGCCACAUCAUUGGAAGCUAAGUCCAGAGCCCAGCACUCCUCCCGCCUAGGUUGCAAGCGGGAGACCAGUCUCCCAUCCACACUGUGGCCACCACAGCCCCAGCCACAGGUGGAGGUCAAGCGCUUCCUCUAUUCCCAUUCUAGGGGCAAGGAGCAGCUGCACCCCUCCUUCCCUCUCAGCUCCCUGCGGCCCAGCCUGAGUGGGGCCCAGAGGCUUGUGGAGACCGUCUUUCUAGGACCAGUGCCCCGACAGCUGGGUGUGCCUGGCAGGACACACCGCCUGUCCCCACGCUACGCGCAGAUGCGACCCCUGUUCCGGGAACUGCUUGCCAACCAUGCACAGUGCCCUUACCUUGCUCUUCUGAGGAUGCACUGUCCACUUCAGGCUGCGGCCACCCAGGUGGUCCGUGCCUGUGCCUCAGGGAGGCCAGCUGAGGCUCCUGAGGGGUCUGCAGACCCGGGCCACCUGGUAGAGCUGCUCGACCAGCACAGCAGCCCCUGGCAGGUAUAUGCAUUCCUACGGGCCUGUCUCUGCAGGCUGGUCCCCGCCGGCCUCUGGGGCUCCAGGCACAACCAGCGCCGCUUCUUGAGGAACGUGAAGAGGUUCAUCUCUCUGGGAAAGCACGCCAGGCUGUCACGGCGGGAGCUGACGUGGAAGAUGAAGGUGCGGGACUGUGCUUGGCUGCGCAGGAGCCCAGGUACCCACUGUGUGCCUGCAGCGGAGCACCGUCUGAGGGCAGAGAUCCUGGCCAAGUUCCUGUUCUGGCUGGUGGACGCCUACGUGGUGGGGCUGCUGAGGUCCUUCUUCUAUGUCACAGAGACCACGUUCCAGAAGAACAGGCUCCUCUUCUACCGCCAGAGCACCUGGCGCAGGCUGCAGAGCGUGGGGGUCAGGCAACUCCUGGAGCGCGUGCAGCUGCGGCAGCUGUCGGAAGCCGAGGUCAGGCAGCACCAGGGCGCCCGGCCCGCCCUGCCCACGUCCAGACUCCGCUUCGUCCCUAAGCCCAACGGGCUGCGGCCCAUCGUGAGCGUGGACUGCGUCGGGGGUGCCAGAGCGCUCCGCAGGGAGAAGAAGGCCCAGCAAUUCACUGUGCACAUUAAGACCUUGUUCAGCGUGCUUAAUUAUGAGCGGGCCCAGCGACCUGGCCUCCUGGGGGCCUCUGUGCUGGGCAUGGACGACAUCUACAGGGUCUGGAGGGACUUCGUGCUGCGUGUGCGGGCUCAGGACCCGGCGCCCCGGCUGUACUUUGUCAAGGCAGAUGUGACUGGGGCGUACGACACCAUCCCCCAGGACCGACUCGUGGAGGUGAUCGCCAGCAUCAUCAGGCCCCCAGAGAACACGUACUGCGUCCGCCGCUACGCCGUGGUGCAGAGAGCCGCCCACGGGCGCGUCCGCAAGUCUUUCAGGACACACGUCUCCACCCUCUCGGACCUGCAGCCCUACAUGCGCCAGUUCGUGGAGCACCUGCAGGACAGGAGUGCGCUGAAGGACGCCGUCGUCAUUGAGCAGAGCUGCUCUCUGAACGAGACCAGCACCCACCUGUUUGACUUCUUCCUGAGGUUUGUACGCAGCAGUGUGGUGAGGAUCGGCGGCAGGUGCUACGUGCAAUGCCGGGGGAUCCCCCAGGGCUCCGUGCUGUCCACCCUGCUCUGCAGCCUGUGCUACGGGGACAUGGAGAACAAGCUGUUUGCCGGGGUGCAGCAGGACGGGGUGCUUCUGCGACUGGUGGACGACUUCCUGCUGGUCACGCCUCACCUGGCCCAGGCCAGAGCCUUCCUCAGGGCCCUGGUCCAGGGUGUCCCCGAGUAUGGCUGCAAGAUAAACCUGCAGAAGACAGUGGUGAACUUCCCCGUGGAGAGCGAGGCCCCCAACGGCGCUGCCCCACUGCAGCUGCCCGCUCACUGCCUGUUCCCCUGGUGCGGCCUGCUGCUGGACUCGCAGACCCUAGAGGUGUUCUGUGACUACUCCAGCUAUGCUCAGACCUCGGUCAGGGCCAGUCUCACCUUCCAUCGCGGCUCCAAGGUGGGGCGGAACCUGCGUCGCAAGCUCCUGGCCGUCUUGCGGCUGAAGUGCCACGGCCUCUUUCUGGACCUGCAGGUGAACAGCCUCCAGACGGUGUGCGUGAACACUUACAAGAUCUUCCUGCUGCAGGCCUACAGGUUCCACGCGUGUGUGCUCCAGCUCCCGUUCAGCCAGCAGGUUCGGAAGAACCCCCGGUUCUUCCUGCGCAUCGUCUCUGACACGGCUUCCUGCUGCUACUCCAUCCUGAGAGCCAGGAACUCAGGUGCAGGGCCGGGACCGCACGCCCGGGCAGGGCUGCCCGAGGGGGGUGUGGGCUGGGGCUCCACCACAGCUGUCAGCCUCCCCUUGCUCUCCCAGGGGUGUCGCUGGGGGCCAGGGGCGCUGCCGGCCCGUUUCCCUUCGAAGCAGCACAGUGGCUCUGCCACCAAGCCUUCCUGGUCAAGCUGGCUUGUCACUGUGCCACCUACAAGUGUCUCCUGGGGCCGCUCAGAACAGCCCAAACACAGCUGUGUCAGAAGCUCCCUGAGGCCACCUUGGCAGCCCUCAAGGCCGCAGCUGACCCAGCCCUGACCACAGACUUCAAGACCAUCCUGGACUGACCCUGCCUCCUCACUGCCUGGGCAGCGUGGGCUCCGGCAGCCCACACCUGGAUCUGUGUCACUGGAGGGGCCAGCCCACCUGAGGCUGCAGUUCUCCGGGGAGCCCCAUGUCCAUGUGGCAGGUGGGCUGUGACCCUGGGCCUGCCUUCUGUGGACGGUCAGCCCCUCCCUGGUGUGCUCUAGGAAGCAGAGCCCACCCACUGAGACCCUCUGGUGACCUGGGGCUCCUUUGGCCUCUGACCUCCCAGAGGCGGCAGGAGGGGCCCAGUGUGGGCAGUAGGAUGUCCAGGUGGUUGAGCAGAGCUGCCCUGGCCCUCUGUGCUGGGAGCCCGGGGCUGUCCUGGGGCCCUGGUGCUCCUGCUCCUUGCUGGCCACACCCACCCUGGAGCAUCUCCAUCACCCUGGCCACAGCCAAGGUCCACUCCUGAUGAGCUGAGGCCCCUGAGUGCCUCACCACACUGCCCACACCUCUCUUGUCCCCUGGGGCCUGAGUGUCUGGCACAACCUGCACACCCUGGCUGGAGUGGAGACUCAGGGGACCCCAUGCCCGGCCCAGCCAGACUGUUCCUGGGUGGGGUCCCCACAGGUGUGCCCACGCUGGCCAUGGAGAGAACACCCUCUGGAUCUUUGAGUC